AUGGCAGUUUAUUUCUACGGCAUUGCGCCAUGUACCGGAGGUUUAGCCUUUGGAUAUGACACGGGCUCAAUGAGCGGCAUCUUGGCCAUGCCACAGUUCCUGACUUACUUCAAAAACCCAAGCAAUUUCCUCCAGGGAGGAAUCACUGCAUCGAUUCUGGCAGGAGCUUUUGCCGGCUCUCUGUUGACGGGUGCGUUCCUUGCGGAUAGGCUGGGGAGAAGAAAGACGAUUUUGCUGGGCUCUGCAAUCUUUACGAUUGGUUGCGCCAUCUCUGCUGCGGCGAACAAUGUUGAGGCUCUUGUUGCGGGGAGAGUCAUCAAUGGGCUUGGGAAUGGGUGUUUGACGAUGAUGGUGACCAUGUAUCAAAGUGAGAUUGCGCCGCGAGAAAUUCGUGGACGAAUUAUCAGCGUGUUUCAGUGUUUCGUCAACUUCGGUAUUCUUAUUGCUUUUUGGAUUCAGUUUGGGACUAGUCACAUUAAUGGCUCCGCGGCAUGGAGACUUCCAAUGGGCUUGCAAAUGAUUGCUACCGUGGCUCUGCACAUCACCAUGUGGUUCAUGCCCGAAUCACCUAGAUGGCUUGUCCAGAAAGACAGACAAGAAGAAGCGCUGCAGGUGCUUGCCCAAGUCCAUGCUGGUGGUGACAUUAAUGAUCCAUAUGUGCAAGCCGAAUUGGCAGAGAUUGUGGCCAAGCUUUCGUUUGAGAAGAACCACCCGCCGCCUAGCUAUUUCGACUUGCUGAUUGGAUCACAAAGACGUCGUAUGUGGAUUGGUAUUGGUGUUCAAUUUUGGCAAUCUAUGACUGGUAUUAAUGUCAUCAUGUACUACGCCGUUUUUCUCUUCCAACAAGCUGGCCUUGGAGAGACUUCUUCAUCCCUCCUGGCAAACGGUCUUCAGGGCGUUGUUCUCAACGUCUUCACGUAUCCAAAUAUGUACUACAUGGACAAAUGGGGCCGAAGAUUGCCCAUGGUAAUCGGUGGCGUUGGAAUGGGCAUUUCGAUGAUGAUUAUCGGUGUCCUCAUGAAGGCUUACGGUGACCCCGUCUACGAUUCGCUCACGCAAAAGACCAACUUUGACUUUACGAAUGAAGCGGCAUCCCGCACGGUUAUCGCCUUCGUAUAUAUAUAUGUUGCAGUGUUUGCAAUUACGUGGGCUUGUGUCGCUUGGGUGUAUCCUCCCGAGAUUUUCAGCAUGAGCAUGCGUGGUCGUGCUACGUCCAUGACAACGGCUACGAACUGGUUUAUCAACUUUUGGUUCGCCUUGUAUAUUCCUACUGCAAUGGCCAAGAUCAGUUGGAAGUUAUACAUGAUAUUCAUGGCCCUGUGCUACCUCAUGUCCAUCGUCGUAUACCUCUUCUAUCCCGAGUCGGCCGGCAAAACACUUGAAGAGAUGGACUUUUUGUUCUCCAAAGGACGAACCCCGUGGACCUUUCUCGAUCGCGAAGCUACCAAGAUCGGGGCGCUGUUCCAGAGAGAUUUGGAGCAUGGAGAGGCGCUUACUGUGUUUGAUGAGGAUGGUAUGGCUUUGAAGGAUAAGCGCUGUAUGUGGGUUGGUAUUAGCGAUGAUGAUGAGUUUGAAUAA